CUCACACGUGUAAGUUUCAGAACAAAAUAAAGAUUCUAAUGACAUUAAUCCUUGAGGUUCGAAGGGUCAACUUUUUCUGAUAAGCAACAUGUGAAUAAUAUUUAUUUAUAGUAAUUUGAAGCAUAGUUGUAUCCGUGAUUGUAUUGGAAGAAUUAGGUAUCGCAUGUAACGAACAAAUAGUUAUGCUUUCAGAGUGACAAGAAUAAUCAAGUAUGCUGGAUUUUUUGUUGACAUUGUUCUUAUUCGGUGUGACAGCUUGCUCGUUGCCGCUUCUCUGUCUUUCAACUGUAGUGUUACUCAUCAGCAGAUCAGUAUGGCUGAGCUGUAUAUCCCUGCUACAUCCAGAUGUCGAGUUCGUGAGAUACGCUACCAUCAGGACAUUAUUGGACACUCACAGGAACCAAGGAAUAAUAUCAGUUAUACUAUCUGUCAAGGGACAAGCAGAACCCGAAGCUGUUAGACGACAUCUACAGGAAGUGGUACGACGUAGAGAUAAAGCUGGCAAUCUAUCUUUCCCUAGGUUGCGCCACUGUCUGGUCACUAGAUGCGGGACUUAUGCUUGGCAAAAUACAGGCACCUUUGAUCUCGACCAGAACUUGACUGUGGCUCCGUUCACGUACAAAGGUAGAGCUGUCACAGAACUCAAUAUCCAGGAAUACGUAAGUGAAAUCGUUUCCAAAUACCUGCCAGGAAAUGUACCCCCAUGGCAAAUGAUAAUAAUACCGACAGCAGAGGACCAGCACUACAUCCUCCUCAAGUUGCAUCAUCUGCUUCUAUCUGAAGGAAUAAACAUUGGCGACCUUCUUCCUCUGAUCCCACCAACAAGACAGUCAACAGGGUCGCAAGUCACUAGGAGUCCAUUGGUAGAAGUCUUCAAGAAACCAAAAGGCAUACCCAUUCUCAAAGAACGCUUAGCAGAAGAACUGUCCAAUAGGUGGAACGAGUUCGUAGCUAACUCUGAUCCAUUAGAAAGACCGGAGUUACUGAAAAUCUCCCCUACUUUCCUUCAGUACAUAUCAAUAGCAUUGAUAACCCUAGUUUCUUUGACCAAACACAUUAAGAAAGGAUUCAGAGUUAUAGAAAAUGAUGCAUUCUCUAGAGCUAAGUACGUGUGCAUGUCCAUCAUCAACGAAACGGAGAAGAGACAGCUGACGCUGAAGAAUCUGGUUCUAUCAAUACUAACCUCGCUAGAUCCCAGAAACAUAGCUAAAACAGUCAUCCGGAUAGUUUUGAAUGUUUGCUUGGUAGUACCAGUGAAGAUCCCUGUCGCCUUAUUCUCCGAAUUCAGAGCCUUCUACACCUGUUUAACCCUGAAAUAUUGUCCCUAUCCACACACUUGCAUCGGCAUACUGUACACUUACGUACCUUUGAUAUACAAAUCAGCGAAAGAAGUGAUCUACAUAAUGACAAUAUUGUUCAUGGCCCCUAAAACCAUCGUCCAGGAUAUCCUUCUGAAAGACGAAUCCCUUGAAACGGUGACGCUGUGUGGCAGGAAAUCAGUAGCUUGGUCUGAGCCGAUCAGAAUCGACACCAUCAAGAAGCUAGCCAACCGCAUAGGCGUGUCCGAAACCGAGAUAAUGCUAUCGGCAGUGUCCAAGGGCCUCUACAAGUACUUCACCCAAACAGACAAAAAGGUCCCUAAAGAGCUGCCCAUAACCAUCAGAAACAUCUCCUCCAAUUACAUAUUUGCCAUUGGUUUGAACAUCAAACCUGAAGACGCAGUAAGUGGUAUAUUAUGCUUGAAUUUGUCCAUCGCUAAUCCAAUGCAGACCACCAACUUGGAGAACCUUGAGGAGAUCAGGAAGCAGUUCAGCAAUUCUUUGGAGAAGCAAGGUUUGUCCCACUUGCUGACCAUGUUGCAGACUAAGUUCGGUAUCCUGACGAACUUUUUGCCUUCCACUGUGCUGAGCGUCUACUUGAAGUACUUGUCGAGGAAGUAUGCUGUGGGGGUGGCUGAAAUAACUAGCCGGUAUCCGAAGGUCACGCAGAGGUCGCUGUGGGGGCAGGAGGUGUCCAGCGUCAUCUAUUUGAGGCCUCCUCAAGCGAAUACCAGUAUAUCAUUGUGUCUGAAUGAAUACGCCGAGCAUGUGAAACUAGGAGUGAUGUGUGACUCUCAGCUGGUGCCCCAUCACAUUCUCCUGGUCAGGGGAUUCCCAGAACAUAUUCAGGAUUUGAAAAAAAUAUCACUGGAAUGAUGGGCAGGCAUUCCAUCGGCAUUAUUUUAUGUAUUUUCUUGAAAUAUGCCAAUAAAAUCGGUUUCAGCGGGAUUAUUUUUA